AUGGCUGCCUCCGACGUCGUCAAAGCGUUGCUAGCCGCCGUCUGCGCGCCGGACACGUUCGCCGCCGCCGCGACAGCCCUCGUCGCCUGCCUCCUGCCGCUCGCCGUCCCCCAGCACGUGCGGCGGGCGCCGACGAUCGCGCACGAGGGCUGGGACUUCCCCGCGGCGAUGCUCAACAACAAGUACGUGCCGUCCGACGAGCAGAUCGUGCCCGCGUCGGAGCUCAUGGCGUUCCUCGUCAUCGUCCCCGCGGCGGUGAUCGCGGUCCUCGCGUGCUUCGACGCGCCGAAGACGAGAAGCGCCGUCGCCGCCGCGCGGCUCCAGUCGCUGCUCUACGCCUUCGCCACGACGUCGCUGGUGGUGGACUGCGUGAAGCGCUACUGCGGCUACUGGCGACCCUACUUCUACGACGAGUGCGACUACGACGCGGCGACGGGCCGCUGCGGCGACACGCCCGACGACGCGAUGCGCUCCUUCCCGAGCGGCCACAGCGCUUUGUCCAUGGUGGUCAUGCUCCACAGCUCGUACUGCUUGCUCGGGGCCGCGCGCCUCGGCCGGCCGCUCCGCGUCGGCGCCGUCGACGUCGGACCGCUCGCGGCGCUCGCCUGUUUAGCGCCCGCGUUCACGGCGCUGUGGAUCGCCGCGUCGCGGGUCGUGGACAACGACCACUGGCCGGCGGACGUCACCGCCGGUGCCACGAUCGGUGCGGCAGCAGCAAGAACCAUGGGCUGGAACACGGUCGACAAGUCGAAGUCCCACGAGGCGCGCGGCGAGGACGUGGAAAGACGAGAGUUGCGCCUGCGCCGCACGUACAACGAGGCGGCCAGUGGCCACCGCCUGCUGGCGCAGAACAGCGCCGAGGCGCCGCCGCGCGCGGAGAUCGACGCGCUCUACUGGUCCGUGCUCGAGGAGGUGGGCACGGCGCGGUCCGGCAAGGAGGAGGCCUGGGACGGCGCGCUGCGCGUCGCGUGCGCGCGCCACCUCUCGGAGCUCCGCGAGGCCGGCGGCGACGGCGACGGCGCGGUCGAGGCCGCGUGCUUCGCGGCGGACGCGGCGCCGGCGGACGCCGGGCUCUGGCUGCGGCUCCACCGCCUCGCGGCGGGACCGGCGGCGGGCGGCGAGAAGUGGCCCGCGUACAACCGGUGCCGCGUCGCCAUCGAGGCCGCGCGGCGCGUCGAACAGCUCCACGGCGCGUUCGGCGCGGGCGCGGCGGCCAAGGUCGUCGCGCGCAUCCCGGCGCUCGUGCGCCGGGCCUACGCGAGCCUGGACGUCGUCGCGCCGCCGGCGCCGCCGCGCGCGCCGCGCGCGGUCUCCGUCGCGAGGCCCGGGCUCCUCGGCUUGGGCGAGGCCGUGCUCGAAGCGCACGAGGCCGCCGUCGACGACGCGCGGGCGCGGCGCGCGUCGCUGGAGGCGCCGCUGGCCUUUACCAUCGCCUACGACGAGGAGCAGCUGAGCCGGUCGACGUCGAUCAACCCGUCGCUGAGCCGGUCGGCGUCCGCGAACCCGUCGCUCUCGCCGUCGUCGCUGUCCCGGUCCGUGUCGCGGUCGCCCGCGCCGCCGCCCGACGAGCCCCCGUCGACGUCGCCCGCGCCGGCGCCCGCCGGCGACAAGGCGCCGCGCCGGGGCACGCGGCGGCGCAAGGAGAACGUCCAGCCGUCGCCGACGCCCGACGACGAGCCCCCCUUGCUGCCGCUCGCGCCGCGGCUGUGGCAGCACCUCGCCGGCGGCGAGCCCCCGGCGACCCCGGCGGCCCCGGCGGGCGUCGACGGCGAGUGGCUCGGCGAGGCCGCCGCGGGCGGCACCGCGGCGCCCGCGCGGCCCGCGGCCGACGCCAAAGCGCCGGACCUCGACGGCCGCUCCGCGCGCGCGUCGCUCCUCGCCGUCCUGCGCGGCCUCGAGGCCGCGAAGCUGCCCCGGUCUCCCGAACUCGAGCGCAUCGCCGGCGCGACGGCGCGCGUCCUCGAGGACUUUUACGGCGAGGCGCUCCCGGCGGAGAUCCUCGUCUUCGUCGCGGAGCUCGCCUGGACGGGCGACGGCGACGCGUCCGCCUUCGACGACCGGCGCGCCCGGGCCGCCUUCGGCGGCGAGGCCGUCGCCGAGCUCGCCGCGCGGCUCCACUGGCUCGACGCCGUCGUCGCCCAGGCGCGCGGCGACGGCGCGCGCGCGGCGCGGAGCUUACUCGCGUGCGGCCGCGUCUUCGAGGGACUCGCCGCGGAGCGCGCGCUCCACGUGCCCCACCUCGGCGACGAGGCCGAGGGCACGCUCGUCUCCGCGGCGGCCGUCGCCGCGGAGCGCGCGGCCCUCGCGGAGACCGCCGCGUCCCUCGACGCGCGGCGGGCGUUGGCCAGCGUCGCGGCCGUCGCGCGAUCCGCGCACGCGACCGGCGCGCUCGCACCGGCGCCCCCCGCGCCGUCGCCGUCGGGCGAGUCGCCGCGGCCGCCGGAGCCGCCGCAGAUCCAGGAUCUCUGGGACGCCGUCCUCGACGACUACGUCGCCGAGGCCGGCGCCGCGGACGACGUCGACCUCUACGACGUCGUCGGCGUCGACGCGCUCGCGGGCGACGCCGUGCGCCGCGCGCUCGACGGCCAGGGCGCCGGCGCCGACGUCGUCUCCGUGCUCUGCGGCACCUGCGGCGACCGCUACGCGCGCUGCGACCUCGCGCUCCAGGUCGCGGUCGCGGCCGUCGGCCGCCUCCUCGCCGUCGGCCCGUCGGCGGCGGCCGCCGCGCUCUGCCGGGACCGCACGGCGCCGCGGGCCGCGUCGCGGGCCGCGGCGCGGUGCGCGCUGGGCGCCCUGGCCGAGGCGCUCCGCGCCGCGCUCUUCGCGGCGACGGGCGGCGAGUGCGUCCGGGCGCUCGGCGCGAAGGCCGGCGCCGUCGCCGCGGCGCUCGCGGCGCUCCACCCCGCGCGGCUCGCGCCGGCGACGCGGACCGUGGCCCUCGCGGGCGCCGUCGACGUGCUCCGCAAGCUCGACGGCGACGGCGCGGUCUACAACCACGCGCGGUGCCAGACGCUCCGCGCGCGCGCGGCGGACGCGGCGUGCGCGCUCGUCGAAGUCCGGGAGACCCGCGACGCCGCGGCGGCCUUCGGCGCCGAGGUCCACCGCCACCUCGCGGCGCGCCGGUGCUGCGACGGCGACCAGGCCGUCUUCCUCCGGGGCCGCGUCGCCUGGCUCGCGCGGUCCGCGUCGAAGGCGCCGCGCGGCGGCCGCCGGCCCGUGGACACCAGGGACACGGAGCUCUUCGCGGCCCAGUGCUGGUACGACUUCGUGGGCUGCCGCGUGCUCCGCGACGUGGCCAACUCGCGCGUCGACGACAAGCUCCGGGCCAAGCGGCUCCGGCUUUUAGGGCCGAGCGAGCGCCACGCGUUCGUGCGCCACGUCGCGCCCCUCGUCCUCCGGGACAAGUGCGGCGACGAGGCGCCCCUGCCCCUCGCGCCGCGCCGCGACGUCCUCGACGCCCUCGAGGCCGUCGCGCGCGCGUCCCAGGCGCUGGAAGAGAACCGGUCGGGCGACGACGACGACGUCGAGGCGUACCUCUUCGCGCCGACGGACGAGCCGCGGACGUUCCCCGCGUACCUGCUGGGCACGGCGGCGUCCGCGAACGGCGACGGGGCGUGUCACGCCGCGCCCGAGGACCCGGCCGACGCCGGCGAGCGGCUCCUGGCGGAGAUGAUGGUGCUGAAGCUCACGCAGCGGGACAAGGAGGCCGCGCAGGAGACGAAGACGCCCGCGGCGCUCGAGCUCUCGCGCCUCGAGGCGCUGCGCUGGCACCUGCGGUGCUGCGCCCUCGAGCCGCGGCGCGCGGCUCACUGGGCCGCCGCGGCCCGCACGCUCGAGGACCUCGCGGCGCCGCUGCUGUCGCUCGGGCGCCUCGCGGCGCCCGCGGGCGUCGGCCUCCGGCGCUGCGCCUGCCUGUCGACGCGGUCGCUCGUCGCCAAGCCCUUCGGCAACGACGCGGCACUGGUCGCCACGGCGCGCGAGAUGCCCCGGGGGCCCUGGUACCGCUUCCCGGAGCUCGGCCAGGACUGGAUCGACGCCAUGGCCGAGGCCAAGGCCGAGGCGCGCCGCGAGGCCGCGAAGCGCUGCUGGGUCGUCGCCCACGGCCUCGCCAACGGCAGCCGGGGCGCCUACGCCGCCGCCGUCGGCUGCCUCUGCUACGAGGACGCGCGCGACGCGUCGAAGCUCGGCAACGUGACGACGGCGUUCCGCCAUUCCACGGACGCGAAGACGGCCUUCGAGGCCGCGGCGUCGCUGGGCGCGCCGGCGACGCGCGCCUUCGCGCUCAUGAUGGCGGGCAAGCUCGCCUGGCGCGACGCCGCGCGGCCCUUCGACGACCGCGCGUCCGCCGCGAUCGCGUCCUUCGCCGCGGCCGUCGACGCGUCGCCCGCGGCGAUCGCGAAGCACUGCGGCCGCGAGGACCCGGACGUCGUCUGGCGCCUCCACGCGACGCGAUUGAAGGUCGCGGCGCUCGCCGACGCGGGCCGCGCGAGCCCGACGGCGCUCGCGGCGGCCGCGGCGACGCGCUUCGCGCCGCCGUCGUCGAACGAGGACUCGGGCGCGCUGCUGAGCGUCGUCGACGACUGCCUCGCGGCCUUCAAGGCCUGCCGCAAGGACGACCCCUACCACGCGCGGGCCAUCCACUACCACGGCCGCGCGUUGCUCCUCGCCGCGAAGCUGAGCUCCGCGGGCGAGCCGCCGUCGGCCGCGCGCGACGCGUUCGUCGAGGCGGCCGUCGGCGACGCGCGCGCGGCGCUCGACGCCCUGUGCGACCGGAAGCGGCCCCAGGUCGUCGCCCUCUGGCGCGUCGAGGGCGUCUCCGGCUGCCAGGCGGGCCUGGACGCGAACCACCGCAAGUACGACCGGUCGCGGUUCAAGCACCUCGCGCUCUACGUCGCCGUCCUCGCGGACCUGAGGGACCACGACCGCCUCCGGGGCGUCGCGGGCUGGAUCGCCUCGUCCAAGGAGCGGUCGCGCACGACGCGGGCCAUGCUCCACACCGUCUACAAGGACUGCGGCCCCGACGCCGACGCGCUCCGCGUCGCCACGGAGGCCGCGCUCGUCCGCGCGGCGGCGGCCGCGCUGCCCGACGAGUUCGCGCGCGCGCCGCAGCCCGUCACGGCCGCCGCGGCGCGCGCGCUCGUCGCCGCGCGCUGGGACUCGCUCCGAAGACCCGCAAAAAGGCGCAAGUCUAACGAGUAA